CCAGCGACCAGAACUGUUCCGCGCGAUAAAUCAUUCGCCAACGAGUCGCAGAGUGGAGCAAAGGUCUCUUAGCGGAAACGGUAAUCAUCGAACGGAACACGGUAUCCACUUAGAAAUGAACAAGCAGUUCAUCACACAGGGCGGCACGCCCAUAACAUCCGAACUGGCAACGGAUCUGCGCAAUCUUAUAUUUGGCACUGCCGCCAUCCCCAUGCGCGCCGAGUGGCUGCAGACUUCCUUUGUCUUUGGAGCGCCAAAAGAGGAGCUUGCAUACGGCCUUCGAUCGCCUCGAAAUGCCACCCGUGGCCUGCUCUCCGUCGUCCAGGGAUUCGUGCUCAAGUAUUUGCUGUUCGCCCGCAAGACCAGCCGUGUGGCUGCCCUCACCGACCCGCUCCUGGCCAACGCCGAGAUGCAGCGAGAGGCGCUGUUCUGUGCCCUGGUGGAGAUACUGCGAACCAUUUCGGACAAGGGUAAGGUGACCAUGGUGCUGCCGUCAGAUGAUGAGGUCUUUGUGGAUCACAGUGCCAGCUACUUCCACGACUCGGUCACCGAGAAGCUCUAUGUCUUUACCCUGUCGCCCAACGAGGAGUUGGAACAUUUUAUGAAGCGGAAUUUCAAAUACUUUUCAGAGGAAGAGACCCCCGGCACUCUGCUAUUUCUUUAUAGCGCCGUUCUCACGCGAUCCAUGGGAAAAGUGCGCACGGACCUGGACUCCUCGAAAUCAUCGCCACUGACAAUGAGCAACCACGAGGAGGGCUCCCUGAUGAUUGUCACCUUGCUGCUGACGGGCCGCGCAACGCCCUACAUACACAACGGCGUCGUCAAUGUGGGCGAUGAAAGUAGCUAUGCGGUGCCGCAAUACGGAGUGCUGAAACGCUGUAUGAUCGGUCUGCUGCUCUGGGACAUUGAGUCCACUAGCGCAGCGGUUAAUCAAUCCCGACAGCCGGGCUCACGGCUCAAGACGCCCAACUAUCCCAUCUGGGUAACGAGCUGCACGGGCCACUACGGCGUGGUGUUCAACCGGAACCCGGAUCUGCUGCGCAACUACCACGCGGAGUCGCGCUUCGAUGUGAAUUACUACAGCUGUUCGGGGCAUCAGAUCCAGAUGACCAUCGACAAUCGCACGUACAAUGAGCAGGCAUUGGUCAUGUUGGAGCGGCAACCAAUCACACCGGAGGGUACCUCGAUGGCGGGCAAGCCAGCCGGAAAGGAUGGAGAAGCGAGCUCUGCUGCUGCUGCUCCGACUCCGGGUGGAGGUGCUACUGCCGGUGGCGGUGUGGGUGCCGCUAGCGGCGGCGGUGUUGGUGGUGCUGCUAGUGGCGCUAGCGGUAGUAGCGAUGUGGUCGCCAAGGAGGAGUCAACGCUCAACACGCCGUUGCAGCGUUUGAUUCGUACCAAGUGGGAAGAGGCAACUAUAAGCUUUCACGUGCAGCCAUCGAUGUUGAGCUAUCUUUUUAGUACCACACAGUAGAGUGCACUCCAAGAUCGAAACGAUUUGGGAAUCGGUUACGGCCGGCAGAAGCUGCAGGAUCAGCUUAGCCCGAUUCCAAGCAAAGCCCGCAAGGGAUCUUAUCUGAUAUGAAUUUUAUAAUAGCUUUCGUUUCGAUCGUUUAGAAAUUCUCCCGCUUGAAUAAGAUCCCUGUAAGUCCUGUUGUCCGCAUGUAAGCUUGGUAUGUUGUCUCUUGAUCUAUGAUAUAAAUCAUUCACUUUCUUGGCGAAUGACCAAUGCACCAAUUCUCAAAACAAAUAACUUCCAAUUAGGCACCAUACAUGAGAGUUUUCUUAAUUGAAACUCUACUCUUCUACUUCGAAUCUAGAACGUAGAAUUUUUAAAAAUGUUACAAAGUAUUAGGAAGUUUCCGAUUCAAUAUUUUUAUAUUUGCUAG